UUUUGUAGUUGUUCGAGAUUGUGCCGAGUACAAACAAAAUGAGAUUUAUCUAUUCAAUGUUUGGUUUGCUUGUUGGAGGAACUGGAUUAUAAAUGAAAUUGUUUCAUUGUUUUUUUCGCAAAUUUACAAAGUACAUAUAAAUGCAGCUUUGAUUUAGUGCAAUUUUCAUAUUUUUUCAUUUGAUUAUUUUACACUACAUCGAUAAAGAUUCCUGAAUAAACAAUGGCGGAACACAAUCAUAGUCACAGACAUGAUAUAUCUCGUAAUCAAGAAAAAAGAGAACGUUUGAAACUAAGCUUUAAUAGUGCUUGCAGCAGGAAGAGUUCUAGUCUUUCCAACUUUUCUGGUUGCCAUCCACCUCCUAUAGAAAGAGGCUGGGUUACACAUAGCAUUCAAACCUCUGGCAAGCUAAAAAUAUCACCAGAAGUUACAUAUGACUUCACAGCUGAUGAUUUACAAGACUUGGGAGAAAUCGGAAGAGGAGCUUUUGGUACCGUAAAUAAAAUGAUUCAUAAGAAAAGUGGUACAAUUAUGGCUGUAAAAAGGAUUAGGUCUACCGUUGAUGAAAAAGAGCAAAAACAGCUUUUAAUGGAUUUAGAAGUUGUGAUGAAAAGUAAUGAUUGUAUAUAUAUAGUACAGUUUUUUGGUGCAAUAUUUAAGGAAGGUGAUUGUUGGAUAUGUAUGGAACUAAUGGAUACAUCUUUAGAUAAAUUUUAUAAAAUAGUACAUGAAAGGCUCAAUCAAAGAAUACCUGAAAGCUUUCUUGGGAAAGUAACAACAGCUACACUAAAGGCUUUGAAUUAUCUCAAAGAAAAACUUAACAUUAUUCACAGAGAUGUCAAACCAAGUAAUAUCUUACUUGAUCGUAGAGGAAAUAUCAAAUUAUGUGAUUUUGGUAUAAGUGGUCAGUUAGUAGAUUCCAUAGCAAAAACUAGAGAUGCUGGGUGUCGUCCAUAUAUGGCACCUGAAAGGAUUGAUCCAGGCAGAGCCAGAGGAUAUGAUGUGAGGUCUGAUGUAUGGAGUUUAGGAAUAACAUUGAUUGAAGUAUCUACCGGAAGGUUUCCUUAUCCUAAGUGGAACAGUGUUUUUGAACAGCUCACACAAGUUGUUCAAGGCGAUCCUCCACAAAUCAGUCCAAAUGAAAAUGGAAAUACUUUCUCAUUAGAAUUUGUAAAUUUUGUCAAUACUUGCUUAAUCAAAGAAGAGCAACAUCGACCGAAGUAUAAGAAACUUUUGGAACACCCAUUCAUUCUUCGGUCAGAAAGAGAAACUGUGAAUCUCACAGAAUAUAUAGGUAGAGUCCUUGAUAAAGGUAGCAUGAGCAGCUAGUUCCAAGAAUGUUAAAAAAAAUUGUGGAGAGACUUUAGUUUUUAUAAUAUAAGAAUUAAACAAUGAAAAAAAAAAGAUGAUACAUUCUCUAUGUUGACUGAAUAGCUAUGCAAGAAAUGCUAUCUAUGCUCAGAUUGUGAAAUGAUCUACCCAACCUACCUGUUUUGGUAAAAUGCCUUAAAAUCUUUUUAAGUUGUGGUAGAUGUUUUGGAUAAGUAAUACUCAAAAGAUCUGGCAUAUAUUGACUUUAGGAUUCAUGUCAUGAUAAAGUGUGUAUUAAGUAUGGGUUUUGAAUCUUCAUUAAGAUUUGAAAUGAUGUAAUGAUAUAAAAAUUGAUAUUUAUAUUUGUAGUAUCUUUCAAUGUUCCUGCUAAAUUCUCACUGAUUAAUGAAUAUCUUUUUUGAAUUAAAUGUCAAGGGAAAUAUAUUGCCAUUUUUUAUUUGUGCCAAAAUCAAGAUUAAAUUGGUUUCUUUUUUGGUUUUCACAGUUUCUAUUAAAAUUGCUCCUGAUUGAUUAUCUAAAUAUAUGCUAUAUAAUUGUAUCACUGAAUUGAUGACUGGGCUCUGAAGAAAUAUUUUAAAAAUAAUUGUUUGUUCAUUAUAUAUCCUUUUUUUUUGGUUUGAAAGAAAAAAAUUUAGAAUACCAGUUAAUUCUAAUGACUGAUAAAUUGGUAUCAAUUCAUAUAUUUCUGCUUUUUUUUAUUCAACUAUAAAAAAUGUCACCUAUUGAAAAUAUUUUUGUGUUGCAAUUUUUUUUCUUUUGUGCAUUUUUUUUUCAUGUGUGAAGAAGCUAAACAACUACAACAAAAUCAUUUGUUAAACAGCUGUGCAAUUUUCACUAAGCAAUAAUGUUUGUUGAUCACCAGUCUUUUUAUAUUUGAGACCAUAAUAAUUUGAAUAUCUAUAUACUGAUAAUUGUUGCAGAAAAGGUAUACUAAAGUUUAUAUUCCAUUAAUAUUCCAUUAUAAUUUAAAAUUUCAAUGGCUUGUUCUUAAUUAAUUCAGAGAGAGAGAGAGAGAAAAAUGGGCGAAAUUAUGGUGUAAAAUAAAAUGCUUCUCUUUGAGAAUUUCUUUGUCAUAGUGUUAGUUUAUGUGAUUUUACUUUAUGCAUAAAUUUUUAAAAUUAUGCAAAAUAUUUAUUUUGAGGGUUCUUUUGUUAUUAGAAAAUCUUAUACACAUGAGAAAUUAAUGAAAGUUUUUAAAUGCAGACUCUGUCUAAAAAAAAUUAUUUAAAGGAGUGAAAACUGUAAUAAGUAUCCUUUUUUUUUAAAUUUUUUUCAUAUUUACAUUCAAAUUAUUUUUCAAAAUAAUAUUUUUUUUUUUAAAUUAAUAUCAUGCCACUUAAAAAGAAGUUUUUUUUUGGGAGUUACUUCUUGCAUUUAGUUUUGGAGGUGUGAUAAUGUUUGGUAGUAUUUGUAGUACUGUAAGUUAAAAUGUUAUUCUAUUUUUUACGUUGCAAAUGCUUACAUAAAAACAAUUUAUUUGAGUUUUUCAAAUUUAUUGAAAGUUUGUUUUCUGUCAGUUUGUAAAAAUGCACUGUCCCCAUCAUAUGUGUAGCAAUAGGCUUUGCAAAAAACUGUUAUAGUGCUUUGAAAAGAAUUGAUAUUAAAGAAAUAUUUUUUUCAUUUUUUUUAACGAGCACAUUAGUACUGAUUAAAUUGCAUCCGAAUAUGUUGUAUAAGAUGCAAGUUAAUACUAAUUGAACAAGCAUAAACUUUUUGUUGUGGCUCUUUUAAAUUGAAAUUCAUUCACCAUGUAAGCUUUAUAAGGUCAGAUUUUUUUUUUUAAAUAUGUUACUUGCAAUUUUUGGUACAUUUUCAUUCUGUUGUUUAUGUUCCAAAAGUGUUUCCUGUAAAUUUAUUUGAAAUAGACAAUCACAGUGAAGUGUCCUUUUAAUUGAUUGCAUUUUCAAUAGGGCAAAAAUCAAAUUAUUUCACUUCAGACUAUUUCUGUGCCUGUCUUAUUAGAAUGCCAGUCUUAAGAAUUGUAAAUAUUGAGUGUAAAUGCGUUUCACACUGGUACCAAAUUUUGUACAUUUGAUUGUUAGAUCAAAUGUUUUCGAGAAUGCUAUAGCAUUUUACUAGUCAUUUUUCAUUAGUCAAUUUAAAAAUAAUUUCUAACCUGUGUUUCAAAAUCCAUGAAUAAUAGCUUAGAUAUUUCUUUUACCUGUAUUUUAGUAGAAAAAUUUGUAAUAAACGCCAUUUAGGAUUUUUUUAAAAUAGAGAUAGAUGGAAUUCUUUGAAAUAGAGGAUUUUUUUAAUUAUUACAUACACUCAUUAAUCUAGAUAAAUUCUUCAUAGUUUUUUUUAAAUAAUAUACAGAUAAUAUUUAAGUUAAGUUUCUGAAGAAAGUCAUUCAUAUAGAACAAUUUUUGGAUUAAAAAUAUAAAAAUCCCAUUUUUAUUUACUCAGAUUUUUUAGGAAUUAAACUAAAUCAAGUUUUAUUGUGCAUAAUAAUUCAUUUUAACUGAAAUUUUUAGAUUUUUGAAACUAGACCUAAUAUUAACGAACUAUGGAUUUAUUUGAUUAUACGUUAUGAAAUAUAUGAUAGAAGCAUAUCCAUUAUCAAAAAAAUCAUGAAAUUUAUAGAUUUCCAACUGCGCUAUAACAAAAAAUUUUUAUGUGCAUGUGAAUGGAUAAAGUAAAAAUUUUUGUGCAUAAAUUAUUUGUGUUUUUAAAUUUCCACAAAAAUUAUGGUGAAAGCAGUCUUGUUUUUUAAAAAAUUAACUGAAUUAUUUUUUUAAAUAUAUAUUAUACAUUUCUGCGCAAAUUGUUUCUUUUUAAGUUGACAUUUAUUUCAAAUCAGUUUUGAUAUUUAUAUACAAAAUUUUCUUUUUUAAUCUGAUUCUUAAAGAGUGCAAAUUUUACAACCAUUUUUUUAAAGUUAAUUACAUAAAUAAAAUUCUUAGGAAAUAUAUGAAAUUUCUUAUAAAUUAAAAUCAUUACUAAAGAUUACAUUUGUUCUAAUUCAUAUCUUGAAUGUGAGUAUGAAUUGUAAAGUGAAAACGUUUCUUAUAUUUGUGAUUCAUUGUUAUUCAUAUAAUGCCUUUCGAAUCGAUGGGAGUGAAGUAAACUGAUUUUUGUGUGCAAAUCCUUCCCUUCCCACCACCGUUAUUGCAUAAACUUGCAUGAGAAAAAUUUAUGUUUGCCUACUCUUUAAAAAAUAUUUUGAGAUUUUACUGCAAAUGAUUAAAAUAUCCCAUUUUGAAGGAUGUUCAUGAUGAUUCAAAACACUUUUAAUGUGAUAUUUUGUAAGAUUAAAUGCUUCUGUUUUUAUUGUUUAGCAUGGUAUUUAUUGUUCAUUUUAGUUUUUUACUCUCAGUUUAAUAAAAAAAUCUUACAUUUGUGUUCAUUUGAUAAAUUAAUGUAACUUUUAACGAAUAUAGUAUUUGUGGAAAUUAGUGAAAUAUUGGACUUUUAAAUAUGUUUUUGAUAUUUAAGUAUUUCUUGUUGUAAUUUAGUUUUUAAAAAGAAGCUUUGAAAUAUUCUGUGAUUAGUAAAUUUGGGCAUUUAAUUUUCCUCUGUGCCAUUUUGAUUUGUAAAUUUUUGAAAAUUGAUUAUAUUAAUUCAGUAUUUCAUAGCUGUUCUGAAUACAAUGAUAGUAAGUGUUAGGUAUCUUCCAAUUCUAUGUGUAAAUGUGAUUCAUGGCAUAGUGUCGGCACUCUUUAAAGAUUCUUUAAAUGCAGUUAUUCUGGUUCAUGUGAUUUUUAUGUAUAUAUUAUUUUAAAGUUAAAAGAUUGGCUUUCUUUUUUUAUUUUACUAACAUUUAUAAAAUUUUGAUAAUUCAAAUCCAGUUUGUGACUUAUAAUUUAGACACUUUUAAAUAUUUUGUUUAGCCUCAUCCAUUAUUAAGACACAUAACAAAUUUGAGAGUUUAAUUGAAUUCUUUAUAGGGAUAUUAAUUUUCUAUAUAUUACAAAAUAAAAUAAAAAAUAAUUAAGCUUAUUUUUCUUAGAUGUCAAUAGCAUGCCUUUAUUGCAUUACAGAUUGAUUAUUCUACAAUUCUUAUAAUUUAUUAAAGUUUAUUGUCAGAUCUGUCAUGAAAUACAUUUUUGAUUUUUAUUACUAUUUUUUUGUAUUAACAAUAUUACAAAAUUUUAUUCAAUAAAUUAAAAAAAAACUUAUUUAACAAAUUAGAGAAAAUACAUUUUUAAGAUACUUCCAAAAAUAGGUAGGUACAUUUCUUUUUAACAAUCUUUUUCUAUUAUAUUUUAUAUUUAGGUUUUAACACUUUACUAAAUUUUUAAUAUUGGGGCUUUGAAGUAAUAUUAAUGUUUUUGUAAAGAAAAUGUUCAGGAAAUAUGAAAACAAAAUCAACUAUGCUUCAUUACUGAGCAUCUGCUGAAAGGAAUAAAUUAGAAUGAUCAAUCAAAUGUUAGUAGAUGUUUGGUUGAUAAUAAGCUUGCAUUCAAACUAUCAACAAACAACUGUUCUUGGCUUCAUUGUAAAAUGUCCUCUUGAUGUAUUAACUUUAUCAAAACACCAUUGAUGAACAGUUUGGAAGAGCAAUUGCAAGAUACCUGUCCAUAAAUAUUUUUAUGUAAUAAAAUAUGUAGACAGAAAUGAGCAUCUUUUAUUGAUCAAAUAGGAAUGCAUUAAUAUAUUUAUGAAAGCUUAAGAAAAAAUUGUUUUUGAGAUUUAAUAAUCUAUUUCCACCGAUGAUUAACUUAAUAUUAAUUCUUAUUAGGACCAAAAGAUUAUUUAAGUUUUAUUAUAGAUAAAGAUUAUAUUAGAAAAAUAACACAAAAUAUUUUCAUCCCAAUUUCAAUUUUUUUUGACAUACAUUUCAUCUUUUGCUAAAAUUUUUAUUAAAAUUUUAAAAAUACUCAUCAAUUUUCUUUAAUUGCUAAUAAAUAAAGCAUUUCAGAUUAUCAUAGGCUGAAAUGUGAAUAGAUUAAAGAGGCAAAAACAGUCCUAUGUCAGUAUAGAAAUGAUUUCUUGUUAUUACAUUCAUAAUACUCAAUUCCAUAAGUGUAAUAGCUAUUUUUAAAAUUACCAUUUAUAAGUUAACCUUUUGACUACAGGUAGUUGGUAAUAAAUUCCUUCUUUAUACGAAAAAUUGAAUGAAGAAACAGAAGAAUAUUUCCCCUUCUUUUCAUUAAUUAAGGGAAAAUCAAGUCUGUGAUCUGGAUAAGUCCAGUCUCAUAUCUUAUUUACCCUAAUUAAUGCUAACAUAGCUAUUACAGAUGUGUUAGAAUUAGGGAGUGAAACUGUUUCUCAAAUGAUUACAGAGAGACAGGUGGUGAAAUCUUAUUUAUUUAAUGGUGCAAUAGUUGUAUGUGUCAUAAAGAAAAAAUUUGGCUUACACAGCAUCUUUACUGCCUGUAAGGAAAAGGUUAAAAAUUAUGAAUGGAUAGUUUUUAGAACUAUGUUGUCAUUGCUGAAAACUGUACAUAGACAACUUUUUUGUUAAAGUGCAUAAGAAGUGUUCAUGCCAAUCAAAAGAUAAUAUUAAGAUUUUAUCAUAUAAAGAAAUAAGAGUUAAUUUUUAUUCAGUCCUUCACCAAUUAGUAAAUUUUGGGUAAAAUAAUGUAAUGAUAUAUAUGUAUAUAUAUUGCUGUCACUAAUAUCACAAGGAGUCAAAAAUAAUUUAAAUUGCAUAGAAAAGCAAAGAUGAUAGUGCAGAUUAAAAAUGUGAAUGUAUCAAUAUGUUUCAAAUUCUGACCCCCCCUUCCACUCUUUUUUAAAAUUUAAUACAAAUAUUGAGAACUGUGAAUCUUAAAAUUGCAGCUGGAUCAGAUGUUAAUAUUUAACUAUUGAAUAUUAAACUAUUUAUUCUGAUUUUAUCUUAUUUAAGAGUAUUUAAAAGUAUUCUUAAAAUGUGAAUUUAUGAAAUCUUUAUUAUUUGUUUUGUGCUUGUUUAUUAUGUUUUAAUCUAGAUUGCUAUGCAUUUCAUGUUUGGAAUGGGGUCAAUUCACAGUCACAUGAUAUGUAUAUGUUAUUUAACAUGUAACUGGACUUUGACUAAUGACAUCAAGUUGUCUUUUUCUAAAUAAUACACAAUGUAUUCUAAAUUAAUUUAAUUAAAUAUGCAUGAAUUGUCUCAUUCUUAUGUUAGAUUUGAAAAGUAUAUAUAGCUUUCAUUUUGAUGUUGAUUAUCAUGCUAAAUAAUUGCUUGGAUUGUAGAAAAAAGAAAAAUUAUUGCAAAUUUAUUGAACUCUUCAUCGAGUCAUCUAUUGCAUCAGUGAGCCUUUUUGAAAAAAUAUCAUUCCUUUUUAAGCAGGACUAUUUCUGUAUUAGGCAUCCUUUUAUGAAUUUAGGGAAUAAAUUUUCAUAUUGAUUGUUUAACCAUGCUGUGCAUAAAUAUUCUUUAAAUUUUCAUUUUUAUAAUUUUUUAUAUGAUUUUUUGUACUACAAAUUUUAUUAUGUGAAUUCCAAUAAUUUUAAAAAGCUGUUGAAUUAAUUUUUUUCAUUAUAUGAAUUUCAAGAAAUAAAAAUUUUCUUUGUAUAUGAUUUUCUUUUUAUAUGCCUAUUUAUAUUUUUCAUUAUUGGUAUGUAUUAAAAUUUGUUACGUAAAUUUUAUCUUCAAUUUUGAUAGAUUCUAAUAUGAUUUGAAUUUAUUAUUUUCAGAAUUUAAGAGAUGCUGUAAUGUAAUGUAAAUUCAGUGACAUAUUAUUUUUAUAUUGAUAAUUAAUUAUUAAAGCAUUUAAAAAUUAAUUUUUAAAAUUUUUUUAGGAAAGUGUGAAUUUUUUUAUGCAAUUAUAUUAAUGUUCUGUUCAAAACUUCUUUUUUAUGCUGUAAAAUUAUAUUAUAAACUUUUAAAUUGAAUGUCAUAAGCAAACCCAUGGUUUACUCUUGAUGUUAACUUCGAUAUGCACAUAUUGCUAAUCGUGUAUGCACAGUAACAUAGUAGUGUCUUGAGUAGGUUGGCACUAAUUAUAGGUUGAAGCAAGAAGGAAACAUGUUAAAUGCAUCUGUGUUUUUUCAAUCUUAACUAGUAUGCAUAUAUUUUUAAUUAAAUUACCUUCAUUACUUAGGUUGAUUCAUUCUGUUUUGAUGCCCUUGAGUAUUGGUCUGAAGAGGUAUAUUUUCGGGGAAUAAUUAUAAAUUUAUGUAAAAAAAAUAUGACUUUAUUGGCUUAGAUAUGAACUCGAAUCAUAUCUAUGUCUUUUGAAUUGUAUUCUUUUUAAAAUGACUAUUAUUGUAUUCUAAGAUCUGUAAAAAAAAUCUCAUUAAAAUGCAUCACUUUUAGAGCACUGAACUGCCAACAGUGUUGGCAUAUGCUUUCAAAAUGAAAUGUAUAAUAAAAUUGUUUUCUUUUUUAUAGA